CUCUGUCUGAGAGCGAGAAACUUCAAAACAUUAAAAUCAAAACAAAAAACAGUGGUUCGCUUUCCUCCUCUGGAUAAUGUAAUUUUUUAUUGGUUUAGUUGCAUUUCUGUGAUAAAUUUCGAUUACUUCCUUUACGGCAGCUCUAAACAAGAUACCUUUACCGAAAGAAAACAUGUCCCUGUACCACGCGAACGCCGGCCAGGCGGAAAUCAUCCGCACAAUCCAGAAGGACCAGACGUACAUUGAUGAAAUUCGGUCACAGCUGAGCGAUAUCCUGCUGCUCGUGAGUCAGCGAAAUUGGUUCAAAUACAACCACCUGUGCAAACUAAUAGCCGAAGUCCUGUACCAUCAGUACGCGAUCGUGCACAACCUGCAGACCCUGGGUGAAGAGUACACGGGGAUUAUCCAGGUCGACGCGAACUACGUCAUGCUACCGAACAAAGCGUUGCAAAUAUUCGCCAUCCUGUUGGAGUACGGUGGGGAGCACGUGGUCGAUCGGAUUCUCACUCGGAUGCAGACCGAGAUCGAUCGCAGCGAAGAGAUGCUUCCGGAGGCGAAGGAGCGUUUUGUUCGGUUGCUGGACGGGUUAAAGUUCAUCGUUCCUUACGUGAGGGGUUUCCACACGAGCGCGUUCUACAUCUGCGGGGGAAGGUAUCACAUCUCCAAGCGGUUGACGGGAAUUAACUAUAUACUCAUACGAAACUGGCUCAAGGAGAACCACUCAAUCUACGGCUUUCGAAUACUCGGAGUGGUCACCUUGCUGCAGCUUUUGCUAUCCUUGAUCGUGAAGUGGAUUGAGAAGAGUAAGAAGGCGCGAGUUGGAAAUAACGGCACAAUGACUGAAACAUCAACGGCGCAACGGACAUCAUCUCAACCGAUGGCACCUGGUUCGUCUACUGUUAGCAAUAGCAAUAAUUGCGCCCUGUGCAUGGAACUCGCCGUGGAUUUAAGCGCAACUCAAUGUGGACAUCUGUUCUGUUGGGUUUGCAUCCUGAACUGGCUGGACGAACGCCAGAUUUGUCCGAUUUGCAGGGAGUCAAUCAAAAAGUCUAGAGUGAUAAGAUUGCAAAACUUCAGCUAGGACUUGUUUCGGAUUUUUAAAUGGGACUCGGUUACGGUAAUUUUAAUUUUAUUGUUAUACUUUAAUAUGUACAAAGUACUAAAAGAAGCUCUUUCCAAGAGUAUUUUUUGUUAUAAAAUUUCCUAUCGCUGCCACGUUCUUUGCUUGGCUUGGACGUCGAUUAAAGUUUCGCGUAGUUUUUUUUAUUGCAUUCUAGAAAGCGGAAAUAUUUACACAAAAGGAAGCAUCAUCACUGUCGAGCCGAAGGAAGAGGGGGCGGCCCCGAAAGGAAGUCGACGCGGUAAAAGGCCUAAAUAAAUUAGUAUUCACGAUGGUUUUCUUAAAA